AACCUCCAGACGAGGGGAAGCAUGGAUGGCACCAUGGCCCCUGCCACCACAUCUGGAGCCGCCAGGUUAGCCAAGAAAAAUUUCCUGGAGGCUCUGAAAUUGAACGACUUUGGGAAACUAAAGGCGAUUUUAAUCCAGAGGCAAAUAGACGUGGACACAGUGUUUGAAGUUGAAGAUGAGAAUAUGGUUCUGGCAUCUUAUAAACAAGGUUAUUGGCUGCCUAGUUAUAAGCUGAAGUCCUCCUGGGCAACAGGCCUGCAUCUCUCUGUCUUGUUUGGCCACGUGGAGUGUCUCCUGGUGCUCCUGGACCACAAUGCCACCAUCAACUGUAGACCCAAUGGGAAGACUCCUCUUCAUGUGGCUUGUGAGAUGGCCAACCUGGAGUGUGUGAAGAUCCUCUGUGACCGCGGAGCAAAACUCAACUGCUACUCCCUGAGUGGACACACAGCGUUGCACUUCUGUACAACUCCAAGCUCCAUUCUCUGUGCCAAGCAGUUGGUCUGGAGAGGGGCCAACGUGAACUUGAAGACCAACAACCAGGACGAGGAGACGCCUCUGCACACCGCAGCGCACUUCGGGCUGUGGGAGCUGGCGGCCUUCUACGUGGAGCACGGCGCGCUGGUGGACAGCCCGAACGCGCACCUGGAGACGCCGCUGGCCACCGCAGCCUACUGGGCGCUGCGCUUCCGCGAGCAGGAGUACAGCGCGGCGCACCACCGCGUGUGCCGCCUGCUGCUGGCGUGCCGCGCUGAGGUCAACGCGCGCGACGACGACUUCAAGUCCCCUCUGCACAAGGCGGCCUGGAACUGCGACCACGCGCUCCUGCUGAUGAUGCUGGAGGCGGGCGCCGAGGCCAACCUGGUGGACAUCAACGGCUGCGCCGCCCUCCAGUACGUGCUGAAGGUGACACCCGUGCGCCCCGCCGCGCGCCCCGAGCUCUGCUACCAGCUGCUGCUGAACCACGGCGCCGCGCGCAUCUACCCGCCGCAGUUCCACAAGGUGAUUCAGGCUUGCCAUUCUUGUCCCAAAGCCAUUGAAGUUGUGGUCAAUGCCUACGAGCACAUCCGCUGGACCACAAAGUGGAGGAGGGCGAUCCCUGAUGAUGACUUGGAGAAAUACUGGGAUUUUUACCACUCCCUGUUCACCGUGUGCUGCAACUCUCCAAGGACGCUCAUGCACUUGUCAAGAUGUGCCGUUAGGAGAGCGCUGCACAGCAGGUGCCACCGUGCAGUCCCUCUGCUCUCCCUCCCAGCGUCCUUGAAGAAGUACUUGCUGUUGGAGCCCGAGGGAGUCAUCUAUUAA